UUCCCCUCUUGGGCCCUUGCAUGAAUUUAAAGCUGCACAGGCGACCACUUUGCAACUCAGUGUCAGGGGUCAGGCGGCAUCGAGCACAGAGGAGCAAGAAGAAAAUUGCAAGAUCAAAAAAAAGAGGGAUGACGCAUCCCGGCGCGUCGACACCGUUUUCAGUCGAGGAUAUUUUGAAGCAGCAGCGUGGCUAUGAAAAUGAAGUUUUGGAGUCUGAGCAACUUGCUCCAGUGCGUGACCGCGACAUGCAAAAAAAACAUUUCGCACACCAAGCAGAGGCGGACAACGAGAUGAAGAAAGUUGACACACGUAUCGAGAGCAAGGGCGGCUCCGAAGGAGGCGCGGGCUCUCGCAGGAGGCCCCGCGUGCUCUUCUCCCGGGCUCAGGUGAGUGAGCUGGAGCGUCGCUUCCACCGGCAGCGCUACCUGUCGGCGGCAGAGAGGGAGCAGCUGGCCCUGGUCAUCAAGCUCACGUCCACCCAGAUCAAAAUCUGGUUCCAGAACCGCAGGUACAAGUGCAAGCGGCAAAGUCAGGACAGGAGUCUGGAGCUGGUACCCAGGAGGGUGCCUGUGCCGGUCCUGGUCCAGGACGGGAGGCUGUGCGGGGCGACCUCUCUCCUCCCGCCUGGUUGGAAUCCAACUUUUGGCCAUUAUAAUGGCAUGGUCGGCUACGGUAACAGUGGUGUGUGCGGUUGGAGUUAUCACAGUGUGUCUGUUGAUGUCAAUAAUACAGAGGGGGGCCUUCACGUGUGCACCGGACACUCUCAGAGGCUGCUGACAACGCGCUCAAAAUAAACAUUUCAAAGCAAAUCCUUGCGUAAAUCUGUAAUAUGUGACGGUUGUACAGAAGGAAAGAGCAUUUGCACUGAUUUCAGUGUCCGUUUUGUUUUGAAAAUGUGAGAGACUGCUUUCAGAAACGACACCUCGAUAAAACCCUUUUUGUAUGUUAUUGGGUUGUUCUUUUUUUGUAAUUUAAUGUUGUCGACAAUAAAAGGAGAAUUUUCUAUUUCACUUUU